AUGCUACUCCGAACAGCGGGCAUCUUGGCCCUCGCACAUGUCGCCCUAGCGGCUCCGGGUUCAAAGGGGCAACAUGAGCGGCGUCCGUUGACUUUUGGUCCCGACGGAAAGUUUCAGAUUGCACUCAUUGAAGACUUACAUUAUGGAGAAGCACCAGCCUCAAACGGGCCGAUCAAAGACGCUUUGACAACCAAAGUCAUUGGCGAUAUACUCGAUGAUGAGCCUGAUACUGAUUUUGUCGUUUUUAACGGCGACAUCAUAUCUCGGGAGAACAUUUUUAGCCACAACACCACCGAGUAUAUCGAUCAGAUGCUGGCACCUGUUGUGAGCCGCAAUUUGUCCUGGGCGACCAUCUACGGCAACCAUGACCCAGGUUACAAUCGCUCAACAAUGCAGAUGCUAGAUCGGGAGCGUUUAUUCAAAGGAUCCCGCACGCUCUCUCAGGGGCCCAAGUCCUCAAAUGAGCGCCUAGGUGUCUCCAAUUACUUUCUUCCCGUAUAUGACAGCGACUGCUCAACGGGUUGCAAUUGCAUUCCCAAGUUGAUCAUGUGGUUUUUCGAUAGCCGCAGCGGAUUUGAAUACAAAACCCUGAGUAGCAAUGGCACUCGCGUCGAUCGUCCCUCUUGGGUUGCUCCCGAAGUCGUCGACUGGUUUCAGAAGCAGAACACAGACCUCACGGCCAAGUACAAGCGGACCAUCCCAUCGAUCGCCUUCGUACACAUACCAGUAAAUGCAUUUACCGCCAUCGCAGCCGGACCGGGUAUUGAUCCCCGUCGCCACCCUGGCCUGAACGACAUGGCCAUCACCGGCCAAGCAUUCGGGUGGUGCAAAGACGGCACCAAGAACAGCAGCUGUGCCUGGGGCGAGCAGGACAUUCCGUUCAUGAAGGCCAUGACGUCCACGCCGGGUCUGAUGGCCAUGUUUUCGGCUCACAUCCACGGCGCCUCGUGGUGCUACAAGUGGACCAAGGACACGAUGCCGGGGUAUCCUGUGCAGCCUGAAGUCGAAGGAGGGCUGAAUAUCUGCUUUGGGCGGCGCACGGGAUAUGGGGGAGCCGGAGACUGGGAGCGUGGAUCUAGGGUACUGCUCUUGGAGAAGGAAAAGCUGGCGAAGGGGGAGUUGGAUACUUGGAUUCGUCUUGAGUCUGGUCAAGUUGUUGCUUCGGUGGCUCUGAAUGCUACUUAUGGGCAAGACUUGUACCCGGCAAUGUAG